CUUUAAUUUUCUCCUCACCGAAUGAAAAAAAAAAAAAACGAGGGAAAAGCCAAAUGACGACAGCUCUUAUAAAGGGAGUGAAGAAGAUGAACGUGAUCGCAAUUGAUCGGAAGAAACUGAAGAAGGGGACGCCUGCAAGUUAAAGCUCCAAUUGGUGUCAAAGAAGAUUGUAGCUCUUUCCAGCAAUUUCCUUACAGAAAUCAGGUUUAGGACUUCUCGAGGCUUCCUGGAUGACUAAUAGGGGAACAACCCAGCCCUUGUUGGAUCAACUGCAUCAAACCCAUCAUACGGUUGGUCUUGGGAGAAAAAGAUUUCGCCGAUCUAAAAGUACUCCUGUGGGCGAAAUUGCUCCGGUGGAAAUUAAUGAAAUAAAGAACAACCAAUCACUUCUACGUUCUAAAUUGAUUUUGGACAAACUCCACCCUAGUAUUAGGAAAGUUAUUGUUUACUUGAUUAUAUACUUGGGUAUUGGUACCAUUUGCUUUUAUUUUGUUAGAAGCAAGAUCAAGGGAAAGAAAAUAGAUGGCGUACUUGAUUCCCUUUACUUUUGUGUUGUGACAAUGACCACGGUUGGAUAUGGUGAUUUGGUUCCUAACAGUGCAACUACUAAACUGCUUGCCUGUGUCUUUGUGUUCUCUGGGAUGGCACUUGUUGGACUGGUUCUAAGCAAAGCAGCAGACUACUUAGUGGAGAAGCAAGAAACACUAUUAAUUAAAGCACUGCAUAUGGGUUGUAGAGUUGGUCCGAGUGAAAUUUUAGAGGAGAUUGAAACAAACAAAGUAAGGUACAAGUGUUUCAUGGUAGCGGCCUUCCUUAUAAUGCUCAUAAUCAUUGGGACAGUCGUCUUGACUAGAGUUGAAAAGUUUGAUACUGUAGACGCCUUUUAUUGUGUCUGUGCUACCAUCACAACAUUAGGAUAUGGAGACAAAAGCUUUUCAACCAAAGCAGGGCGCAUUUUUUCUAUAUUUUGGAUUUUGACAAGCACUCUUUGUUUGGGUCGAUUCUUCCUUUAUGUUGCUGAAUGGAACACGGAAAAGAGACAGAAGGAGAUUGUGAAAUGGGUUCUUUCAAGAAGGACGACAAAUGUGGAUUUGGAGGAAGCUGAUCUUGAUGAUGAUGGGGUUGUAGGGGCUGCUGAAUUUGUUAUCUAUAAACUUAAGGAGAUGGGGAAGAUCAACCAACACGACGUCGCAGCUGUAUUGAAGGAAUUUGAAAGUCUUGACGUUGAUCAGUCUGGAACUUUGUCAACCGCAGAUCUGACACUCGCCCAAUCAUCUUGAACCGGGAGGUGAUUGCUCUAAAACCUAUAUUAUUAUAUUAAGCAACCUUUUCCACAUAUGACUAUGAGUCCUUUUGCAACUUCUAGUGUAUCAGUAGCAUAUUAGAAAACGUUCAUAUUUUUUGAGUUUUUGACACAAGUUAUGCAGUAAAUCCCACUCAGUUUAGUACUAGGUGAAAUUUACACUUCCCAGAAUCUCCAUGUAGUCUUCUCAACUCCGUGUAAACAUGUAAAUUACUUGUACUUUUGUUUGUAAAAAGUUAGCAAACUUCUUCGGUUCUUCCCCUGUCAAGGAAUGUGAUAGGUAUCUGAGUUCUACAGUACAAUUAUUGAUCCCGAGUUUUCCAACUCGAGAUGUAAACAUUCCGUGUUUCUUUUAACCAUCUAGCCUUUCAAACCAACAUGACUUAUCCAGAUUCGUGUCUCUUUGGGCCCAUUUAAGAGGGAAACUCUCUCUACCAGGAAAUUUUUUCAUUCUUAGUGUUUAAAUCCAAGACUUGUGAUUAAAGGUGAUGGAUAUCUAUCCUAUUGCAAUCUCUUUGGGAUAAGCAUUUGUUUGUCCAUCUACUUUGAACACUCAAAAUUGACCAUUUCCCGUGUGAAAUGAUAUGGAAUGGUUUGCUUACUUUGGAAAUCCCAAACAAAAGAAUCUACCCAACUCCAGAUGUUACCAUUCCUCAUUUUGUUCACCAUCAAAACUAACUCGACUAAUCUAGAUUCUGGUUGGUGCUCAUUUAAGAA